ACAUUUUUUAUCACUUUGCCGAGUUCCUGUGGAGACAGUUAUAAUACUAUUUCCCAACCAUGGCUUUCUUUGGAAAGAUGUUCAAAUUGGAACGCACUGAAAACUUCGAAGAUUUCGUCAAAAGCCUAAAACUCCCACCUGCAGAAACUCAAGCAUACAUUAAUAGCCGAUCGACACAAAAAUUGGACCAAAAUGGUGACGAAUAUGUUAUUACAACGGUCUAUGAAGGAAAAUCCUUUGAAAUGAAAUUCAAGAGCGGCGUCGAAUUUGACGAAGUUUUAGCCCCAGGAGUUGUUCCCAAGAAUAUAAUCACUGUAGAAGGCAACAAGCUGACACAAGUACAAACAUUCGACGAUGGCAACAGCAUCACAUAUGUAAGGGAAUAUUCUCCGGAAGAACUAGUAGUGACAAUCACCUCCAACUUCUGGUCCGGCACUGCUAAGAGAUUCUACGUCGCUCAAUAGUCAUCAGUGGAGUAGAAACAUAUUUUAAUGUAAAGAGAGUAUUGUUUAAGUUCUUGUUUACGAAAUAUAAUCUCGCUUUUUA